GUUCAUUACUAGACCGAACACCGAAAUAUUAAGGGUAAGACCGUAAUUUUUAAACCUAAACCUUUUUUCCAUUCUCUCCCUCCCGCCGUCCCCUUUUUUCAUUCUCCCUCUCCCUCCCGCCGUCCCAGUCUCCCUCGACGCCUCACGCCAGUACGCCAAUCCUCUCCAGCCGGUCCAACCGUCCAAUUGGCUAAUGGCAAAUUUGGCUGCUCUCAUUCUCCCAUUCAGUUAUACUUCUACAAGGUCAAUGUGUUGAUGUUUGAGUUUGAAUAUGAAGUUUAAGGUCGUCUGCCGAAAGGUUUAUGAUUAUGUUCGCUAUGAUUUGAAAGAAAUAGCUUUUCCUUCCUCUUUGCUUGAUCCACCUCACAUUAAAAAGCGGCGUAAAUUGACGUGGAAGGAAUCAUAUUAUGUUGUAAAGGAGGCUUCCCGCCUAUAUGCUGCAAGCUGGGUGCGGGACAUUGGCCCUGAACUCCGUCCAAAUGAUUAUAAGAAGGAUAAAGAACAUGAAGAUAAUGGCGGAGUAAAUGAAAAUAAGGAUAAAGAACCAACUGCACUAGAGGAUCUUGCUGUUGCUGCUAGAGGAGGGAUGGAGACCUUAAGACCUGCCCUGCAGCGGCUGUAUAUGACACGAGCUUCAGCUUAUAAGGAUGCAUUAAAGAGCUUUAUUCAGGGUUAUCAGGAAGGUGUCCAACAAGUUCGGGAUAAGAAAGACGAGUUUGAAUCUCCGAAACCUGAAGAUAAUGAUUCGAGAAAGCCCUCCUAAUAUUUGUCGGAAGAAACGAGCAUGAGUUCUGGUACCUUCUAGUGGUUCUCCAACGUUUGAUGUCUUCUAGUACAUCUUAAUUGAGUUUUAUCUCGAUCAUUAUGCUAGCCGUUAGGCACGCAUAUCUUAAGCUUCAAGCACAAAUUCGACUUCAGCAUUCGAACUUUUUUGUAUAAAGCUCGUUUCAUCUAUUAUAAGUCAUUCUGUGUGUAAUCUUAUUUACUCGUUACGUUACAGUUUGCUUGGGUCAAGGAUAUUGAUUAAGGAAAUUUGUUAACAAAAUCGCGGGUUCUUGAUCAUAGACUUUAUGAGCGGGAUAUAUCGAAUAUGAUGAAUAUGAUGAUAACGAUGAUUGUUAACAAUCGACUUUUUCUUCCUAUAGUUCACAUGAAUCUUUUUACACUUCUACUCAUAAUGGAUUUUGUUCUUGCUCA